UUGGCGCGUAUUUGAUUUGUUUGUUCAAUUAUUAUCGGACUUCCUAAAGUGAAACAGUUGCGCAAUAAGGAGAAUCAUACAGAAACCUAGUAAAUCUCAAAGGAUAUUUUAUUACGGUGCACUCUUGUGUGCGCCAGUUUUUGGUGAAUUUGUUUUUUGAAUAGAGUUUUUUGGCAAGAUGUUCGUGCAGAAGAAAAAGCUGGUCGAGCAUGUUUUGGCGAUGCGUGCCGAAGGGGGCGCCAGCAGUGAGGAGGAGGAGGAGGAAGAGGACCAGGGAGACAUCCUGCAGCGUCGGCGGGAAGAAUGCGAACGAAAGGCCCGUCGUGGGGAGAUGGAUCCCCGGCUGGAGUUCACCUUCCAGCUCCUGAUUGAUGCCACUCAGCUGCCCAGGCAUCAGCUCAUGGACUACAUAUUCGAAGGAGACAUGCUGGACGAGAUCAACCAGUUGUUUCUGCCGAAUAUGAAGAACAAGCUGCUGUGGUUCUACCAGGAAGUGGACGAGCCGGAACCCACUCCGGCUCCAGAUCCAAACAAGCCGGGACCCUCUCGUACUGGCAUGGCAUCCAGUAGCUCAAAGACACCCCAAGGUGGUGCCUCACCCAGUGGCCUGCCUCCACCCAAGCAUAAGAAACUAUUUCUGACCGAUGGCUGGACUUGUGCCUUCACCGGCGUGUGUAUCUACAUUUUCCGGGUGAACACAUCGAAACAGCUGCCAGAGGAGGGCUUCCAAAAGGAUUUGUAUUGUGGCGUGAUUGACGCCAAGAACAUUGGCCUGGUGACCUCCAUCGAGCGGAUUGUGGAGUUUGUGUUCAUGCAGGCCUUAGCCUUUCCCAGUCUGGAGUGCGAUGAGGAGGAUGUGAGUUGCGGCCUCAUCAAGGGACAGCUCCUGCCGGGAUUAAGAUCCUUUUGCAGUGCCCUGCGAGUCUGUGAGCAGGUGUGCGAUCACGACAACGUCUUCGCCGACGGAUGCGACAUGUUCGAAAAGAUUGACGAGGUGGACGAGGUGAAGGACAUGUCCAAGAACCAGGACUUUUGCGCCCAGCUCGAAGAGCGGGUGAACAACUGGACAAAGGGCAUACUAAAGAUUUUGGGCGAGAGUGAGCAACUACGCAAGGAAAACGACCACAGUGGCCCCCAGGACGAACUGGAAUACUGGAAGAAGCGUGGUGCCCAGUUCUCACAACUCCUGGCCCAUUUGCAGGACAAAGAAGUACAGUUCACCCUGCACUGCCUCUUCCUGGCCGGUUCACGCAUAAUCAAACAGUGGAAGGAGACCGACCGGAAGAUCACCUUCUGCUAUAACGAGGCACGAGAUAACUCAAAGUUUAUCCAGGCCAUGGAGACAUGCUGCCACUCCUUGUAUUUGGACGAUCCUGUCAGCAUGAAGGAGUCCAUCCUGAGUCUGUUGCAAACAGUGCGGCUCAUCUACAGUGUCUCUCAGUUCUAUAAUACAUCGGAGAGGACAUCCGCCCUGAUGGUCAAGAUAACCAACCAAAUGAUAGAAACAUGCAAAUCUUACAUCACCUGUCGCUGCAAGGAAACUAUUUGGUCACAGGAUCGAAAUGUGAUUCGCACAAAAUUAAGCAACUGCAUCAAGUUAAAUCACAUUUACCACGAAACUUAUUACACGGUUAGAGAGCAACCCUUCCUUCCCAACCAGACUCCUUUUGGCUUCUCCGAAAACUUUGUAUUUGGCAAAUUUGACACGUUUUGCGAACGGCUUGCCAAAAUCAUAAGUAUGUUCAAUUUAAUUGAUGAUUACAACCAUUUGUUUGAAAGAAGGCUGGAAGGACUCCUUUUGGGCGAAGCUCUGGAGGAUGCCUCCAACCACUUUGAGGAGGCCAAAAAAGAGGUCACCUCCAAGAAAUACGACUACCUGGAUCAUCGCAACUCCAAUUUCAAUGAGGACUUUGAGAGAUUUAUUCACAAAACUAACUCUCUCAAGGACACAAUUGCCACUUUGAUUGAAAAGGACUUCGACACCGUGUGGGAGACACCGCAGUGUAUCCGGUUUUUGGUUCGAUUCGAGAAGGUCAGCGAGAAGAUUCCCCUGACUAAGAUGGAUGAGAAGUACACCCGGAUACUGCGCUAUGUGGAGAAGGAGGUGGAUCGCAUCCUGAAGACUUUUCGCAAGCAGCGCGACGAUCCUCCACUGGCAAGGAACUUUCCACCAAUCGCUGGUAGAGUCCAUUGGUGUCGAGCCUUGAGUUUGCACAUCACGGAGCUGAUGGAUGCGGUUAUGGAUCACCCGGUGCUGAGUAAUCUGCCCAUGGCCAGGGAUCUGGAUGUGCGCUACCACAAUGUCCUGGGCGUGCUCAAGGAGUACGAGGAUGAGAUCGUCUCCAUAUGGCUGGACCAGGACGUCAGCGUGGCCGAUGCUUGUCUUCUACAACCGCUACUAAGUCUCCAGGGGGAUAAGUUGUUCGUCAACCUGCAUCCCACCAUUCCGCUGCUCAUCCGAGAGGCCAAAAUGCUGGCCAAGUUGGACAUUGAGUUGCCCAUUGUGGCGGCCACUCUGAUGAGUCGCCAGCAAUAUUUCACCACCAUCCAGGACUCUCUUAAUUGUUUGAUCAAAAUGUUCCUGUCCACGGUGCGAGCUGUGAAGCUGGAGGUUCGUCCUUUAUUUCUGCCCCAGCUGGUUCGCCUAACAGCGAUGUUGAAGCCAGGAUUGCAUACCAUUAAUUGGACUAACCAAAACUGGACCGAGUUCUACGAGCGCUGCAAGCAAGCUAUCGAAAACUUUGAAGUACUGGUUGCUCGUGUACAUGACAUUUACUCCAACCGCAUCCUCCAUGUCCUGAUGUGGAUGCAAGACGUCUCCCUACAAAUUCUACCAGCAGACGAUGAAAUCUGGACAGUUGACGAGUUUCUGGAGCGGAGCGAGGAGGCCUGCCGGAAAGCCGCCAUAGAUCUAAACCGAAAAAGUCAAAUGGUUUCUGAGGCUGUGGAGGAGGUCCUUAGUUUGGUGGACAAAGCAACCGCUGCCUUCAAAGAGCUGGCAGGCGACGAUGUAAUUACCCUGUUUGAUGCUGCCACUCCAAAAGGAGAGGCUUCCGGAUCAAGCGGGAACAAGCCGGAAGACGGAGGCGGAGGAGCUUCUGCUCCGGCUGCCAGUGGUGGCAGUGGACAGCAACAGGACUGGAGCAUCCUGUGGUCCUGUUUCGAGAACCCGCUCUCGCUGCUGUCCACCACAGAGAGUCUUCCCAAGGGCAUGCAGGACAUGGUCUGCAACGCGGUGGUGGAGAUGAGACGCUACUACAGCCGCAAAGUGAUCGAUGUACUCAUCAAGGUGAUCCGGGCCGCUCUGGACACACUCCGCCGUCGGUUCAUCGCCGACGAGAACGAGACGGUGUCCAAGAAGCCAAUUUUUGCACUGCACGCGCAGCUGCAGAUACCACAUGUGGUGAUCAAGCCGAAUCUGGACGAGCUGCAGGACAUAUUGGUGUCGGCGGGCAAGAACAUCACGGGCAUUGCGAAGGGCGUGGCGCAGUGGAGCAGCGGCAAAGAUCCGCCGGUGCGUACAGGGCCACUGAAUAGCUUCGCAAUGUUCUCCAAAAUCUUGUCUUACCAACCGCAGCAAGUUUCGAUGACGGUGUCGCAGCCGCGCGUCGGACGCAACCACAACAACACCGAGGGCGCUGGCGGCGGCGGCGGUGGCGGAGGCGUAGGCGGUGGAGGCGGCAACAAGAGCCGACGGCGCAAGAUCUACUGCCUGGCCUCCGAGGAGCGGCCUCAGAUGCCCCACAUGCUCAAGAGCUUCUACUCGGCCAUUAUGGACAACAAGGAGGUAGCCAAGGCGGUCAACCAGCUCUCCAGCUGCACCAAGAACGUCAAACCCGAGAUCCAGACGUACAUCAAGCGCUGGAAGCCGUACCACUUCCUCUGGAAGAAUGACCGCACCACUCGACAGCUAAUGGAGUUUGGCCUCCAAGAGUUCGAGACCACACUGCGCUGCCUCUCCGACCUGGACGCAAAUCUUCUCGUGGAGCCCGACAUGGAGGUCUUCGGCCAGUGCGUGGCGGUAUAUAACGAAAGGCUCAAGUAUGGUUUGGCCAUUGAGAUCAAGUCCUGCAACCACAAAAUCGGGCAGGCGAUGAAGAAAAAAUACAAGAAGGAAAUGGACUACGUUUAUGCGGUAAUCAACGAGAUGGAUCGUAAGUUGGACAGGCCGAUACGUGACCUCGAUGACGUCCGUAUGAUUAUGGAAACAUUGGGUAAGAUUCGUGAACAGGAAGUGGACAUGGAACUGCGCAUUGAUCCCAUAGAGGAGGCCUUCAAUGUCCUGACACGCUACGAAGUUCAAGUUGAGCGGGAACAGUUCGAUUUGGUAGACAAUUUGAGGGCCACGUUCCAGAACCUUUUGGCUGGAGCAUUGCAGGCACAGGUGAAGCUGCUGGACAUGCAGCCCGCCUUCCAGGACGACUUGCGCACCAAUCUGGACAACUUCAAGCAGGACAAGAUCGCCUACGUGACCGAAUAUCGCACUGCCGGUCCCAUGCAGGCCGGGCUAACGCCCAGAGAGGCCUCCGACCGGCUGAUCCUGUUCCAGAACCGCUUCGAGGGCAUGUGGCGACGCCUACAGACGUACCAAAGUGGCGAGGAACUCUUCGGGCUGCCCCAGACGGACUAUCCAGAGCUCGGCCAGAUCCGCAAGGAGCUGAAUCUGUUGCAGAAACUGUACAAGCUGUACAACGAUGUCAUCGACAGGGUGAGCAGCUACUACGACAUACCCUGGAACGAGGUGGACAUCGAGGAGAUCAACAACGAGCUGAUGGAGUUCCAGAACCGAUGCCGCAAGCUGCCCAAGGGACUCAAGGAGUGGCCGGCCUUCCAUGCUCUGAAGAAGACCAUCGACGACUUCAACGACAUGUGUCCGCUACUGGAGUUGAUGGCGAAUAAAGCCAUGAAGCCACGUCAUUGGCAACGAAUCAUGGAUGUUACUCGCUACAUCUUCGAGUUCGACUCGGAGGGUUUCUCGCUCAAGAACAUAUUGGAGGCGCCGCUGCUGAAGCACAAGGAGGACAUCGAGGACAUUUGCAUCAGUGCGAUGAAGGAAAAGGACAUCGAGGCGAAGCUCAAGCAGGUCACCAACGAGUGGUCCGUGCACGAGCUCCAGUUCAUGAGCUUCAACAACCGGGGGGAGCUACUCCUGCGUGGCGACACCACCGCAGAGACAAUCGGCCAGCUGGAGGAUAGCUUGAUGGUGCUCGGCUCCCUGCUGUCCAAUCGAUACAACGCCCCCUUCCGGAAACAGAUCCAACAGUGGGUCUACGAUCUGUCCAAUUCGAACGAGAUCCUGGAGCGCUGGCUCCUAGUCCAGAAUAUGUGGGUUUAUUUGGAGGCCGUUUUUGUUGGUGGCGAUAUCGCGAAGCAACUGCCUAAGGAGGCGAAAAGGUUUUCCAAGAUCGACAAAUCCUGGCAAAAGAUCAUGCAACGGGCCCACGAGACCCCCGGUGUUGUGGCCUGUUGUGUCGGUGACGAUCUACUCAAGCAACUGCUGCCCCACCUGCAGGAGCAGCUGGAGAUUUGUCAGAAAUCCUUGAGUGGUUACUUGGAGCGCAAGCGCAUGAUGUUUCCACGUUUCUUCUUUGUGUCAGAUCCUGCCCUGCUAGAAAUACUGGGGCAGGCUUCCGAUUCGCACACCAUACAAAACCACCUCCUCAACAUCUUCGACAACACCAAGAGUGUCAAGUUUCAUGACGUCGAGUACAACAAGAUGAUGGCCAUCAUCUCCAGCGAGGGCGAAAUGAUUCAGCUGGACCGGGCCAUCCGCGCCGAGGGAUCAGUGGAGACCUGGCUCACCCAACUCCUGGUCACCGCCCAGCAGUCACUGCACUCGAUCAUCCGCACCGCCUACGCCACCAUCAACGAUCCGAACUUCACCCUGCUCAGCUUCCUGGAGAAGGUUCCGGCCCAGAUCGGUCUGCUGGGCAUCCAGAUGGUGUGGACAAGGGAUGCGGAAAUGGCCCUGCUACAGGCCAGGAAUGCAGCCGGAAGGAAGGGCAUGCAGGAAACAAAUAACAAGUUCCUUGAAAUAUUGAAUACCCUCAUCGACCAGACAACUCGAAAUCUUUCCAAACGGGAAAGGACCAACUUUGAGACUUUGAUUACAAUUCAUGUACAUCAACGUGAUAUUUUCGAUAUUUUGUGCCGCAUGAACAUAAAAUCAGCCAAUGAUUUUGAGUGGCUGAAACAGUGUCGUUUCUACUUCAAAGAGGAUCUGGAUAAAACCUGGAUAUCGGUAACAGAUGUUACCUUUACCUAUCAGAACGAAUAUCUGGGUUGUACAGAUCGCUUGGUGAUAACACCUCUAACAGAUCGUUGUUACAUAACUCUGGCACAGGCCCUAACCCUAUCCAUGGGCGGAGCUCCAUGCGGGCCGGCUGGAACUGGCAAAACGGAAACCGUCAAGGAUAUGGGCAAAACUUUGGCCAAGUACGUGGUGGUUUUCAAUUGCUCUGAUCAAAUGGAUUACAGAGGCCUUGGAAGAAUCUACAAAGGCCUGGCCCAGUCCGGCAGCUGGGGAUGCUUCGAUGAGUUCAAUCGCAUCGAACUUCCGGUCCUCUCUGUGGCAGCCCAACAAGUGGCAGUUGUCCUGACCGCCAAAAAGGAGAAACGCAAAACAUUCCUCUUCACCGAUGGCGACACCAUCGAGAUGAAUCCAGAGUUUGGAAUCUUCAUAACAAUGAAUCCCGGAUACGCAGGCCGCAAAGAGCUGCCGGAGAACUUGAAAAUCCAGUUCCGGACCGUGGCCAUGAUGGUGCCGGACAGGCAGAUAAUCAUCCGGGUCAAGCUAGCCAGUUGUGGCUUUUUAGAAAAUAUCACUCUGGCAAGAAAGUUCUACACUCUGUACAAACUAUGCGAAGAGCAGUUGACCAAACAAGUCCACUACGAUUUCGGACUGAGGAAUAUCCUUUCGGUCUUGCGAACCCUGGGAGCUGCCAAGAGACGUAACUCCAAGGACACUGAAAGCACCAUAGUGAUGAGAGUCCUGCGAGACAUGAAUCUCUCCAAGCUUAUCGAUGAUGAUGAGCCGUUGUUCAUGUCCUUGGUAUCGGAUUUGUUUCCUAAUCAGACCCUGGAGAAGACCAAUUACCCGGAACUGGAAGCAGCUAUCCUGCAACAAACGGAUGAAGCCAGCUUGGUGUAUCAUCCCCCCUGGGUCCUGAAACUCAUCCAGCUGUACGAGACACAGAACGUGCGGCACGGAAUCAUGACCCUCGGCCCGAGUGGAGCGGGCAAGACCACCUGCAUCCACACACUGAUGAAGGCCAUGACCCAGAUGGGCGACAACCAUCGGGAGAUGCGGAUGAACCCGAAGGCGAUCACGGCGGCACAGAUGUUCGGACGGCUCGAUGUGGCCACUAAUGACUGGACCGACGGCAUUUUCUCGGCACUCUGGCGCAAGACGCUCAAGCUGAAAUCAGGCGAGCAUGUCUGGUUAGUACUGGAUGGGCCCGUGGACAGUAUUUGGAUAGAGAAUCUGAACUCGGUGUUGGACGACAACAAGACCCUAACACUGGCCAACGGCGAUCGUCUGACCAUGGCGCCCACAGUCAAAAUCAUAUUCGAGCCGCACAACAUCGACAAUGCCUCGCCGGCGACAGUGUCCCGUAACGGAAUGGUGUACAUGAGCUCCUCCGGAUUGGACUCUAGGCCAAUUGUCCAGGCCUGGCUUAAAAAUCGAGCCCCUGGAGAAAAGUCCACCUUCUCGGAUCUAUUCGAUCAGACUUUCGUAGAGGUCUAUAACUGGGGUGUGCAAAUGGUGAAGCUCCAGAUGCCUGUCCUGCAAUGCAAUAUUGUUCAGCAGAUGCUAUAUAUCCUGGAGGGCCUCAUACCUGUGAAAAAGGAAGACGAACAGGCCGUGAGCCUCUCCAGCAAGGAGAGCCACGAUGCGAAUAAACGUUUAGAGCAUCAAAAACAAAUCGAAGAGGCGCGACGGCAAUCGAUUGGCAGUCAGAUUGUCGAGGAUAUUCCUGCCGAGACCUCGAUCGAGGAAAAGGAGGACACCUGCACCCCAGAACACUUGCACCGCUUGUACAUCUUUGCGCUCGCCUGGGGUCUGGGCGGUUACCUGUCCACUAGCGACCGCCUCAAAAUGAAUCUAUUUGUGAAGGAAUCCUUCCCGCAGCUGGACUACCCCAAGGGUAGUGCCCACGAGAACACAAUCUUUGACUUCUUCGUUUCUCCAGCGGGCGUGUGGCAGUCGUGGAAGACGCUCGUCACCCCCUAUAUGUAUCCGGAGCUUUCCACACCAGACUAUUUAAGCAUUCUGGUGCCCAUCGUGGAUAAUGUGCGUAUCGAUUACUUGAUUGGCACAAUUGCGAAUCAGGAGCGCGCCGUGAUGGUGAUUGGCGAGCAGGGCACCGGCAAAACGGUGAUCAUGAAGAACUUCAUGAAAAAGAUGAACAUUGAAACGUACAUGGGCCGAUCCUUUAACUUCUCAUCGGCCACCAGUCCGUACCAGUUUCAGCGCACAAUUGAGAGUUAUGUGGAGAAACGCGUUGGCGUUACAUUCGGGCCACCCGGUGGCCGGAAAUUGAUUGUCUUCAUCGACGACAUCAAUUUGCCCGAGAUCAAUGAGUGGGGCGAUCAAAUCACCAACGAAAUUGUGCGCCAGUCCAUGGACAUGAAGGGCUUCUACAGUCUAGAGAAGCCGGGCGACUUCACCACCAUUGUCGAUGUGCAGUAUGUGGCGGCCAUGGGUCUGCCUGGGGGUGGAAGAAACGAUAUACCCUCUCGAUUGAAACGACAGUUCUGUGUAUUCAACUGCAACAUCCCGGACAACGACUCCAUCGAUAAAAUCUUCCGCGUUAUCGGUGAGGGUCACUACAAUGCCAAGCGCGGCUUUGUGCCCGAGAUACGGAAUCUCGUCAAGAAACUAAUCGUCGUCACCCGCCAUCUGUGGCAGCGCACACGCGAAAAACUAUUGCCCACGCCGGCCAAAUUCCACUAUGUAUUCAGUUUGCGCGAUCUGUCGCGCAUCUGGCAGGGCAUGGUUGGCACCUUAUCCACGGUGAUCACCUCCGAGAGCGUCCUCAUGGCGCUGUGGAAGCACGAGUGCACGCGAGUAUUCGCCGAUCGCUUCACCACGUUCCAGGACAAGGAGUGGUUCGGCUCAGAGCUGGCAUGUCUCGUGCGCGAGGAGCUGGGCGACGCCCACUCCCAAAUGAUCCUGCCAAAUCCGGUGUUUGUCGAUUUUAUGCGCGACGCCCCCGAGCCAACCGGCGAGGAGGGGGAGGACACCGAUAUGGAGCUCCCAAAGGUCUACGAGCCGGUCCACUCACAUGAAGUGCUCCGCGAGCGUCUCGUCAUGUUCCUCGCCCAGUUUAACGAGAUGGUGCGAGGGUCGGGAAUGGAUUUGGUUUUCUUCCCGGAUGCAAUGCUGCAUCUGGUGAAGAUCUCCCGCAUCAUUCGGCAUCCGAGGGGAUCGGUCAUGCUUGUCGGGGUCGGCGGUUCUGGAAAACAGUCGCUAACGAAAUUGGCAUCGUUCAUAGCAGGCUACAAGACAUUCCAAAUUGCGUUGACGCGUUCGUACAACGUGGCCAAUUUUCUGGAGGAUCUAAAGCUGCUCUACCGCACCUGCGGCGUACAGGGCAAGGGCACAACCUUCCUCUUUACGGAUAUGGAUAUCAAGGAGGAAGGUUUCCUCGAGUAUCUAAACAACAUACUCUCGAGCGGCGUCAUAUCGAAUUUAUUCUCGCGCGAUGAGCAGGCCGAAAUCGUGCAGGAGCUGACGCCGGUCAUGAAACGCGAGAAUCAACGCAAAACAGCGACCCCGGAAAGUGUGAUGGACUUUUUUUUGGCGCGCACCUGCACCAAUCUGCACGUGGCCUUCUGCUUCUCGCCCGUAGGUGAGACGUUCCGGUCGCGAGUGCAGCGCUUCCCCGCCUUGGUCUCCGGCUGCACCAUUGACUGGCUGCAUCCGUGGCCCAAGGACGCCUUGGUCUCGGUUGCCCGACACUUUCUGAGUCACUUUGAGAUCGAGUGCACGCCGGCCGUCAAGGAAGAGCUGGUCAACGCUCUCGGCUCCAUUCAGGACAUUGUCGCGGAAACGUCCCAGGAGUACUUCCAGCGUUUCCGUCGCGCAACGCACGUGACACCCAAAUCUUAUCUGAACUUCAUUGCCGGCUACAAGAACAUCUACCAGAUGAAGCAGCAAGAGCUGCGAGAUGGUGUGGAGAAGAUGGAUACGGGAUUGGAGAAACUGAAAGAGGCCUCCGCCUCGGUUGAGAUCCUCAAGAAGGACCUAGUUGUCAUGGAGGAGGAGCUAGUUGAAGCCUCCAAGAAUGCGGAAUCAGUGCUAGUGGAGGUGACGGAGCGUGCGAUGCAAGCGGAGAUCGUCAAGAACCAGGUGCUCAUCGUCAAGGACAAGGCCGAGGCCCUGGUCGCGUGCAUUGCCCAGGAGAAGGCCCUGGCCGAAGAGAAGCUCGAGGCUGCCAAGCCGGCCCUCGAGGAGGCGGAGAACGCCCUAAACACCAUCAAGCCCGCCCAUAUUGCCACUGUGCGCAAACUGGGCCGUCCGCCGCACCUUAUCAUGCGGAUCAUGGACUGUGUCCUGAUCCUUUUCAAGCGUAAACUACACCCUUGUAUCCCCGACUCGGGAACUCCGUGUCCCAAGCCCUCUUGGCAGGAGUCGCUCAAGAUGAUGGCCAGCGCCACGUUCCUGCUGCAACUCCAAAAUUAUCCCAAGGACACUAUUAACGACGAGAUGAUCGACCUGCUGCAGCCCUACUUCCGUAUGGAGGACUACAACAUGGAUAUGGCGCGUCGAGUGUGCGGAGAUGUCGCUGGCCUGCUGUCCUGGACGAAGGCCAUGUCCUUCUUCCACAGUGUCAACAAGGAAGUACUGCCCUUGAAGGCAAAUCUUACACUGCAAGAAGCCCGUCUAAAGCUUGCCAUGGACGACUUGGCUGGAGCGGAGGAGCAACUGCGAGAGCGCGAGGAUGCCCUUCAGGCAGUCAAGGAUCAGUACGACAAGGCAGUGGGCGAAAAGCAACGCCUGACAGAUGCGGCCAAUGUCUGCCUUCGGAAGAUGACGGCCGCCACGGCCCUGAUCAACGGCCUGUCGGAUGAGAAGCAUCGGUGGACCAACCAGAGCAAGGAGUUCAAGAUCCAGCUGGGCAAGCUUGUCGGCGAUGUCCUGCUGGCCACAGGAUUUCUCUCCUACUGCGGCCCGUACAACCAAGAGUUCCGGGCGAAUCUCAUCAAGACCUGGAUGGGAAUACUGAAACAAAAGAAUAUACCCUUCACCACGGGCCUCAACAUCAUCAACAUGCUGGUGGACUCAUCCACCGUAUCCGAGUGGACCCUGCAGGGACUGCCCAAUGACGAGCUAUCGGUGCAGAACGCCCUGAUAGCCACCAAGUCCAGCAGUUAUCCUCUGCUGGUAGAUCCGCAGACCCAGGGCAAGAUCUGGAUCAAGUGUAAGGAGGACAAAAACGAACUGCAGAUCACUUCACUUAACCACAAGUACUUCCGAACCCAUUUGGAGGACUCGCUGUCCCUGGGCAGGCCACUGCUCAUCGAGGAUGUCGGCAUCGAUCUGGACCCUGUGAUAGACAAUGUCCUGGAGAAGAACUUCAUCAAAUCGGGCAGCAUCGAAAAGGUCCUGGUGGGCGACAAGGAGUGCGAUGUGAUGCCGGGAUUCAUGCUCUAUAUUACCACCAAGCUCCCGAAUCCAGCCUUCAGUCCCGAGGUGAGUGCCAAGACCUCUAUCAUCGACUUUACUGUGACCAUGCGUGGACUGGAGGACCAGCUCCUGGGCCGGGUCAUUCUCAUGGAGAAGUCGGACCUGGAAGCGGAGCGAGUGGCACUCUUCGAGACAGUCAUGCAAAAUCAGAGGAACAUGAAGGAGCUGGAGGCGAAUCUCCUGCUUCGUCUGAGCUCUUCCCAAGGAUCCCUGGUGGAUGAUGAAGCCCUAAUCGAAGUCUUGCGAGUGACAAAGACCACGGCGGAGGAGGUCAACCAAAAGCUAAAGAUCUCCGAGGUCACCGAACGGAAGAUCAUGAAGGCGCGCGAGGAGUUCCGAGCAGUGGCCAAGAGGGGCUCCAUACUUUACUUUCUUAUCGUCGAAAUGAGCAAUGUAAACGCCAUGUACCAGAACUCCCUGAAGCAGUUCUUGGUCAUCUUCAACCAUUCCAUCACCAAGUCGGCCAAGUCCAGUGUCACUGAGGAACGCAUCAACAUUAUCCUGCGCUACCUCACCUACGAAGUCUACAAGUUCACCAACCGGAGUCUCUAUGAGCGCCACAAACAACUGUUCACCCUGAUGCUGGCCAUCAAAAUCGAUUACCACAACGGCAACAUCAGCCAUGAGGAGUUCCUGACCUUCAUCAAAGGCGGCGCCUCUCUGGACCUGAAUGCCGUCACACCGAAGCCUUUCCGCUGGAUUCUGGACAUAACCUGGCUGAAUCUGGUCGAGAUCAGUAAGCUGGAUACCUUUGCCACAGUGCUGCAGGUCAUAGAGCUUAACGAGAGGGACUGGAGGACCUGGUACGAGUGUGAGAAGCCGGAGAACGAAGAGAUCCCCUGCGGCUACAAUGCACUUCUGGACAGUUUCCGGAAGCUAUUACUCAUUCGUUCCUGGUGUCCCGAUCGUACUAUAUCCCAGGCUAAGGUCUACAUAGAAGAAUCCCUGGGUAGCGAAUACAGUGAAAUGCAAAUCCUAGAUCUUGAGGAGAUGUGGCUUGAAUCGGAGCCCCGGACCCCGUUCGUGUGUCUCCUUUCCAUCGGAUCCGAUCCAACCACCCAAAUAGGAGCCCUGGCCAAACAAAAAAGCAUAAUCCUCAAAUCGGUGUCGAUGGGUCAGGGCCAGGAGUACCAUGCGCGGAAAAUGAUAAUGGAGUCGAUGGCGGGCGGUGGAUGGGUGCUGCUACAGAAUGUCCACCUGUCGCUGCCCUUCUGUUCGGAGGUAAUCGACAUGCUGGUGGAGACGGAGUAUAUAGACGAGUCCUUCCGCAUGUGGGUGACCACGGAGCCACACAACGAGUUUCCCAUUGGCCUGUUACAAAUGGCCCUUAAAUUUACCAAUGAGCCGCCGCAGGGAAUACGAGCCAGUUUGAAAAGGAGCUACCAGUCGUUUACGCAGGACUUCCUCGACUACACCUCGGCCUCACAGUGGCCCCCGCUCCUCUACACAGUAGCCUUCCUGCACACCAUCGUCCAGGAACGCCGCAAGUUCGGCCCUCUGGGCUGGAACAUACCCUACGAGUUCAACCAGGCCGAUUUUGCCGCCAGCGUCCAGUUUAUCCAGAACCACCUGGACGAGAUGGACCCCAAGAAGGGGGUAUCGUGGCAGACCCUGGUCUACAUGAUUGGCGAGGUGCAGUACGGCGGUCGGGUCACCGACGACUUCGACAAACGCCUGUUGACCACCUUCACCUCGGUGUGGUUCUGUGAGCAGCUGCUCUCCAAUUCCUUUGAGUUCUACAAGGGAUACAAGGUGCCCGGGACCAAGAGCCUCCAGGGCUUCAUCGAUUACAUCAACAGUCUGCCAGCCUACGAUACGCCAGAGGUGUUUGGAUUGCAUUCCAAUGCCGACAUCACGUACCAAAUAAACUCGGCCAAAGGCAUCCUUGACACCAUCCUCAGUGUCCAGCCAAAAGAGGGAGGCGGCGGUGGCGGCGAGACCCGGGAGAGCAUUGUCUACCAACUGGCGGACGACAUGCUCCGCAAGCUGCCCGCCCAGUACAAUGCCUACGAGGUGCGGGAGAACCUUACCCGAAUGGGAAUCCUAUUGCCGAUGAACAUCUUCCUCAGGCAGGAAAUCGAUCGAAUGCAAAGAGUCAUUAAACGCGUCCACACCUGCCUCUGUGACCUGAAACUGGCCAUAGACGGUACCAUUGUGAUGAGUCCCGCCCUCAAAGAGUCCCUGGAUGCGAUGUACGAUGCCCGCAUACCCGAAACAUGGAUGAAGAUAUCCUGGGAAUCUACUACACUGGGUUUCUGGUAUACCGAGCUGCUCGAGCGGAAUGGGCAGUUCCGCACUUGGAUAUCCACAGAUCGACCAAAAGUUUUCUGGAUGACGGGCUUCUUUAAUCCCCAAGGAUUUCUCACGGCCAUGCGACAGGAGGUGACGCGAGCCCACAAAGGCUGGGCCCUGGACUCGGUGGUGCUGCAGAAUCAAAUAACGCGAUACAACAGGGAGGACAUCACCGAGUACCCCACGGAGGGAGUGUAUGUUCACGGGCUCUUCCUCGAAGGCGCCUCUCUGGAUCGCCGGAGUGGCAAGCUAAUUGAGUCGAAGAUGAAAGUCCUGUACGAGCAAAUGCCCGUCAUCUAUAUAUACGCCAUAAACACCACGGCCGGCAAGGAUCCAAAGCUGUACGAGUGUCCAAUCUACCGCAAACCCCAACGCACCGACUUAAAGUACGUGGGCUCGAUUGAUUUUGAGACCGAAUUCAAUCCCAAGCACUGGACGCUGCGCGGCGUGGCCCUGCUCUGUGACAUCAAGUGAACCCCCAGUUCCAGAACCAGCCUAUACCUGGUCCAGGACCUGGUCUUGGUCCUGGUCCUUACUUGUAUUUCGUUUUUUGGUAUUUUGGUUCGUGCCAUUGUUUGCCAUCAUGUCAACGAUUGUACGUGAGUGGGGCACCUAAUGGCGCUGUGAUAAUUAUCUGGUUUUUUGUAUUUUCCGUUUGCUGGGUGGCCGUUCAAGUUUGGUGUAAUCCUGGCGCAAAUACAACGUUAUUAAUUAAGCCCUCGGGCGCGGACAAGGCGAGGGCAAAUUGUUGGCACUCGGGGACACCGCUAGCCCUGUUAUUAGCUGUUAUCCAUUUUUACAAAUCCUGUAAGGAGGGGUCCAAAACGCACACACCCCUAGGGAGUAGUGGCAAGGUUAAAGUCUUUAAUAAAUCUAUAUUGGAAUCUAUAAAGCGUU